AAACUCUUAAGAAGAUCAAAGUUUGGCCUUACUUCAAUGACCAUUCAUUAAUACCCAGAGAGCAACACUUACCCAUGAUCCGAGUACCUUCAAUUUUUAAGGACAACAAGCAAGAAAAGUGUAAAGAGGAACAAUUAAUAAGUGAUUAUGACGAUGAUGAUGGUCCUAAACUUUUAGAUAUUGAACGACCCAACAUAAUCAUUGAACCUGGAGAUGUAAUGCCAAUUAGAGAAGGUGCUAUUUAUUAUGAACAAUUCACUAUUCCAUCAGGUUCAUACAAGUUAGGAGACUGUUGUUAUGUGCGAACUGAUAAUGGACGUAAUCUCAUUUGCAGAAUUGAUCGAAUGUGGGUUGAUAAAGAUGGUAAUGCUUUCUUCCAUGGUCCUUGGUUUGUGCAACCCAGAGAACUGCCCUUAUCCAUAUCUCGAAUGUUUUAUCCAAACGAAGUAUUUCUCAGCUCAAUUGAAGAUACAAACCCUCUUCUUAGCAUAUGUGAUAAAUGCUCUGUUCUUGAAUUUAAAGAUUAUAUAACUAGAAGACCGACUGAAAUUCCAGAACAAGAUGUUUACAUUUGUGAAUUUAAGUUUCUUGAAAAUGAUAAGAAAUUCAUUAAACUUCCCAUAAUUUUAAGGAGAGUCGCUCCAUAUAAACCAGGAGUUGCUGAAGAUGAAAAAUUUUUAUUCCGUAAACCUUUAGUCAUAGCUAGAACUGAAUCUAUGCCAGAGCGAACCACUCUCUUAACACGGAAAGAUCCACUGUCUUUGAGUGAAGCUCCAUCUCCACAUACUCCAUUCCGACCUUCUAUAGAUACGGAAAAUGAAGAGUCAAAUGAUGUUUCCUCGUUGAUAUCAGAAACACCUAUUUUGUCAACUCCUUUCAUUAGUAGGAAAAAGGGAAGUAAACUUAUCGUAACUGGAUACAUAAUUUUUGCUGGUGAAGUCCGAAAAUCUGUUAUCCAAGCCAAUCCUGAUUGUAAUUUUGGUGAUGUUAGUCGAAUUAUUGGCAAUGAAUGGAAACAAGUAUUAAUUUAA